AUGACAGAUGUACACGAAAUUCUCAUCCGCCAAAACACGCUGAAAGCCGUCGCAUCCGAUCUUUUGGCCACGGAAAGAUGGGAAAUCAACGAGCGAGAUCCAGAAGACAUUUUUGGCAAUGACCCAGUAAUGAAUUGCGACGCCGAUAUCGUGCUCCGGCAAACAUCCACCGAAAACGAAGACGAAUUCCGCUACCUAGCUCUUUGGUCCGACACCGCAUACCAUCUGGACAUAGAUAGCUGCAUCACUAUCGAAGUCCCCGACGUGACUGUUGGCAGCCUAUCCUCGUCGAAGAGACUUGGCAUCCAGCUCUGCACCGAGAGAAUGGAUGGUGACACGAAGGUGCCAAACUCGCCUCCUGGUGCGCAUCCCAACGCCAUCUUUUUCCCCGGCUUACCGCGCGGCAAAAGCGCAAGUCACCCAAGUCCCAUUUUGGUCCCGAAUCUUACGACCUAUCUCGACUCACUGAUCUACCAUGCCAUCCACUACAAGACUACAAAACCGGGUCUCUGGGCUGCGUCAUUAUGGGUCCUGAAGAAUUUGACGAGAUAUCUGUAUUUGGAGCUAGACCAUCAGCAGUUACCGCUGCUGAUUGAGCUGGAAGAGUAUGAGUUCAUGGAAGCCUAUCUCGGGAGAUAUGUGAGAAAGCCAAGGUUUGUUCUCCGUAGGGACGAGAAGGGAGAGUUUGAGGCAACCAGGGUGAGGGAGUGGGAUCCUAAAAGCUUACCAGAGUGGUGUUGGACGAACCCGUGGACAAGUACCUAG